AAGUUUCAAAUUAUUUUUUAUUAAAUCCUUUAAAAAAUGAUUGUUUCAGAUGGCAAUAUGCAAGCUAACGAAAACGUGGCGAAAAAUGUUAAAUUACGUACAUUGAAUUGCGAGUUAAAUCCUUUAACUAGAACUGAUGGCUCCACUUUGUUCAUCCAAGGAGCUACUUGCGUCUUGGCUUCAAUGCUAGGACCAGUUGAAGUGAAACUGCAAAAUCUAAAAAUCGACAAAGCUAAUAUAGACUGCAUCUAUAGACCGAAAGCUGGUUUACCAACAAUACGUGAUAAAAUACGCGAAACAAUGGUUAAAGAUACUUGCGAAGCUGCACUUCUAAGCACAUUGCAUCCUCGUACGUUAAUUUCGAUUCAAUUGCAGGAACUCGAUGAUAGAGGAGGCUUAGAUGCCUGUGCUAUAAAUGCGGCUUGCAUGGCGUUGCUUAUUGGAGGUGUACCUAUGAAAUUUACCGUAGCUGCUGUUCAUUGUGUCAUCGAUAAAAACGGUGAAAUUGUAUUGGAUCCAGAUCAAUUACAAGCUACAGAUAAUCGUGCAAGCUUUACAUUUGUGUUUGAUUCGGUGGAAAAAGAUUUAGUUGCUGUGCAUAGCUUUGGCUGUUUUAAAAUAAAUCAAUUCAAAGAUGCUCAUCUCAUAUGUCUUGCAGCUAGCAGCACGUUGUUCGAUUUUUAUCGAGAAGUUAUGCAUAAAUUUCAUAAUAAAACUAAUACACCGUUUAGAGAUAACUCCAAUGCUGAAAGUGCUGAGCCCAUGGAAGCUUAGUAGUUUUGAAAUUUUAUUUUCUUUUGAAUGUUGCCACAAUAAAACUACUUUUUUUCUUCGAUA